UCUCCAUCUCCAGCAUUAAACUCUGACUUUUGCUGCCCAGGAUGUUGAAUAUAGUCAUUUCCAAAACCUUUACGGUAUUGUACAUAAAACCACCUUCUUCCAUUUCACGUAACCAGUUAACAAAUGGGCCUUCAUUGUUUUUUUAUUUUCUAUCUCCUAUUGUUGUCUGUAACCUCGCCAAUCUCCAUAGCAGAAGACAUCUUAAGAGAAAACCAGUUCCUCGAAGAUGGCCGAGGCCAGACCCUGGUCUCUUCCAACCAGCGCUUUGAACUCAGCUUUUUCAGCCCCGGCAGUUCCACAAACAGGUACUUGGGUAUUUGGUACAAGAAUCUCCCACCCCCUCUAACAGUGGCCUGGGUGGCUAAUAGAAACAACCCAAUUCAAAAUAUUUCAGCAAGAUUACUGCUUAACUCUAAUGGGUUUUCACUUUCCAAUAACAAUUCGGCAAUUUUUUGGUCUGUAAAUUCCACUAAGUCGCUGGCCAGUCCCGUUUUGCAGCUUUUAAACAACGGCAAUCUUGUUCUGAGAGAUGAAAACAGCGGUGGUUCUUCAGAGGAGUAUAUUUGGCAGAGUUUUGACGAUAUAACUGAUACUCUUUUACCCGAAAUGAAGCUCGGAUGGAACCUCAGAAAGGGCCUCCACCGGAACGUGACGUCAUGGUUGGACGGUAAUAAUCCCGCUUCCGGAGAAUUCACUUUCGGACUUGAAUCAUUGCAGACGCCUCAGUUGGUCCUCGUCAAAGGGACCGAAAAACAGUAUCGAUGGGGUCCUUGGGAUGGAGUCAGAUUCAGUGGGAACAGGGACCUCAAACCCAACCCAAUAUUCACUCCUGUUUUCAUCUCAAACACUGAAGAGGUCUAUUAUAGUUUCAGGGUCGAAGACAACACCACCUUAUCGAGGUUUACGGUGAGCCAAGAGGGCUUGAUUCAGUACUUUGUAUGGAGUGAAACUACCAAAGCGUGGACCAUAUUUGUGACCCUUCAGGUGGACGGUUGUGACACUUAUGGGGUUUGUGGGCCUUACGGUAGCUGCUCCACCUACCCAACUUGCAAGUGUUUGAAUGGGUUUCGGCCAAAGUCGCCGGAUGAGUGGGGAAGGCGCGUUUGGUCAGGUGGAUGCGAGCGAAAAUGGGAUUUGAAUUGUGGGAACGGAGAUGGUUUUGUGAUGUUCAAGUCAUUGAAGUUGCCUGAUCAUUCUUUUUUGGCGUUGAAUAGGACAUUGAGCCAUGAUGAAUGUCAGGCUAUGUGUUUGAAGAAUUGUUCAUGUACGGCUUUUACUAGACUUGUUGCUAAUGAGAAUGGGGGGAAUUGCGUGAUGUGGUCUGGAGACUUGAUUGACAUGAGGAGCUUUCCUGAUCAAGGCGAAGCACUCUAUGUGCGAAUGGCGAGAGCUGAACUAAAGUCAAUUGCUGAUGCCAAGAAGAGAAAACAACUGAAGGUGGCUGUUGUCAUUGUCAUCUCAACUGUCACAGGUUUAAUCCUAAUUGGUUUGAUUGGCUGGUUUUUAAUCCGCAAAAGGAUGGCCAAGAGGACAGUUACCACAGGAAACAUGCAAAAUCGGACUGAAGAAUACGAGCUAGAAACUCAAGAGGAGGACCUAGAACUACCUCUUUUCGAUCUGAACAUUGUUUCUGUAGCUACUGGAGAAUUCUCUUUCGCCAACAAGAUUGGCGAAGGUGGCUUUGGUCCUGUCUACAAGGGUGUAUUGCCCUCUGGACAAGAAAUUGCUGUAAAAAGGCUCUCAAAGAGUUCUGGUCAAGGCACCGAAGAAUUUAAGAAUGAGGUUAUUUUGAUUGCGAAACUUCAGCAUCGGAAUCUUGUUAAGCUCCUAGGAUGCUGUAUUCAAGGAGAAGAAAAGAUGCUCAUUUACGAGUACUUACCCAACAAGGGCUUAAAUUCCUUACUAUUUGAUGAAACUAGAAAAAAAUCACUCACAUGGAAGAAGCGGUUUGACAUAAUUACUGGGAUAUCACGAGGGUUAGUGUAUCUUCAUCAGGAUUCCAGGUUGAGAAUCAUCCACAGGGAUCUAAAAGCAAGCAAUAUAUUACUUGACAGCGAGAUGGAGCCCAAAAUAUCAGAUUUUGGCAUAGCAAGAAUUUUUGGAACAGAACAAACACAAGAAAGGACACUCAGAAUAAUUGGAACAUACGGUUAUAUGUCUCCUGAAUAUGCUAUGACCGGGCACUUUUCUGUGAAAUCAGACGUUUUUAGUUUUGGUGUAUUGCUAUUAGAAAUUGUAAGUGGGAAAAAGAACUGGGGAUUCUAUCAUCCUGAUCACGAUCUUAACCUUCUUGGACAUACUUGGAAGCUAUGGAAUGAAGGAAAAGCGUUGGAACUAAUAGACAAAGCAAUGGAGGGAUCAUUUUCCGCGGAUGAAGUAAAAAGGUGUAUCAAAGUAGGCCUUUUGUGUGUGCAACAACGUGUGGAAGAUAGACCAAUCAUGUCUUCUGUUUUGCUCAUGUUGGGUAAUGAGAAUUCAACGGUUCCAGAACCCAAAGAACCUGGUUUCAGUACUGAAGUUUCUUUCCUUGGAUCGGACCAUACAUCUUCAAGUGGGAAAAAUCCUCAUACUGCUAAUAGUCUAACAGUCACACUUCUAGAUGGACGAUAAGAAAUCUUUGUACAUUUUAUUCUUCAAUUGGGAAUUUUGACUAAUACGUACACCUUGAUUUUCCCCGUACCAUAACAUGCAUUGAAUUUAACUAAUGUAUUUUGAGUCUUUAAGCAGUCAAAUAUAUUUAAUGCUCUCUCUCUUUGUAAA